CCCGGAGCCCCCCUGACGCUGCUGUGCCGCGAGCUCCAGCUCUUCCACAGCAGAUGGACCUCUCGUCUCGCGCUCUCCUCCUCCUCCUCCCGCUGCUGCUGCUGGAUGCACGCGCCCCCCUCAGUGAUUGUUUCCAACGGCUGGAGCUCGAGCGAGUUGGACCGUUGGAGUUUUAACCGUUAACGGACAGUAACGGACAGUAACGGUGGAAAAGAACCACGACGUCCACCGGGUUUGCUCCCUCUAUUUCUGGUGACUCAACAAGAUCACACAGUCUUCACUACGCUCCUCUCAUGCUGACUGAGAAUGGAUGAUACAGAGUACGGGGUUCAGAUUGGAGAGAACAAGUUCAUAAGGAAGGCAACAGUCCUCUCACAUCUGAAGACGUACAACCUCUACUAUGAAGGACAGAAUCUGCAGCUCAGACACAGAGAGGAAGAGGGCGAGCUGAUCGUUGAGGGCUUGCUCAAUAUCUUCUGGGGCCUGCGGCGACCAAUCAGGCUUCAGAUGCAGGAUGACCACGAGCGGAUCCGACCGCCCCCCUCCUCGACGUCCUGGCACUCGGGUUGCAAUCUGGACAGUCAAGGUUCCCCCAACAGCACAGAUGGUCAACAGAUGACAGAGCAGAGCCCGCCCACAGUGGAAGUGACGCCGCCUGACAACCAACCAGAAGACAACGGUGUGAUGGAGGAACAGGCAGACGAGGACAAUGAGAGCUCCGCUCAGCUCCUCAGGACGAAGAGCGAUGCCGGCGUCUUAAGACGGGGCCAGCGGCGGUCACCGAGCGACCAGAGGAAAAUCCGACGGCAUCGCUUCUCCAUCAACGGGCACUUCUACAACCAUAAGACUUCAGUGUUUACUCCUUCUUUCGGCUCGGUGACUAACGUUCGGAUCAACAGCUGCAUGAGGACACCUCAGGUGCUUCGAGUUCUCCUCAACAAGUUUAAAAUUGAAAACAGCCCAGAUGAUUUUGCGCUCUACCUCGUCCAUACAAGUGGAGAGCGUGUGAAACUGAAGCGAAGUGACUAUCCUCUGGUGCUGAGAGUGAUGCAGGGCCCAUGUGAGCAGGUCUGCAAGGUUUUCCUCAUGGAAGAAGACCUCGUAGAAGAAGUCACAUAUGAUGUGGCGCAGUAUAUCAAGUUUGAGAUGCCUGUGCUGAAGAGUUUCAUCACCAAACUGAAGGAGGAGGAGGACAGAGAGGUGGUGAAACUGACGAGAAGGUAUACGUACCUGCGGUGUAGAAUUGAGAAGCAGCUCGGUUGUCUUCCAGAGGGGGCAACAUGUAUGUAACUUGCUCAUCAAACUGUCAGAAGUAGCACAUCCUCCAUCCAGCUGUGACCAAGAAUCAGCUGACAACAACACCGACGUAUGUGUUUUCAGCGAUUAUCCUGCUCCUCCUGAACUCCUGCCUCUACAUGGAGGCACGUCUAUUUUUUUCUUCAAAUCAUCCAAGCAAUCAACCUACAGAUAAACUUUAACAUGCUUUAUUGUGUGCAUGUUAAGUGGGACCAUCUCAGCAAUAGUCUUCAGACCCAAUCACAGUUUCUCUUUUUCACAACGUACAGUACACACAGAAAGACAUUCCUCUACUCCUGAGUACUUUUAACCUUUUUGCGGUGCAGUAUUUUGCAGAAUGAGCCUAAAAUGAGACGUCCUGUCUUCUGUCUCUGCCCUUCAGAUUGCCAGCUGAUACCCAAAAUCAAUUUAAAGCACAAACAUCAUAUAAUAUGAUCGUAAUAAAGUGCCUGUUAAAAGGUUUCUCCAAGCACAAAGUACAACAGAACAACAUCAGACCACAGAGUUUCUGUUGAAACAGACCAGAUCACCAAGAGACGGUCGUGCCCUCAAAAGCUGCGUGCCUUUUAUGUCCCUCGCAUGUUUGAGAAUUUGUUAAAUAUAGUAAUUGAAGGAAUUUAACUCUCCCGCUCCAUUUUAUCUCCGCUGAGAAGUUCACUGCAGGGAUUAUUAUAGAGCAUGUGAACAGAUAAUCUGUUUAUGUUAUGACUGUCUGUCUGUUGUUGGUCUGAUGGAGACAACAGUCUGUUGUUUUUCUGCAGGCAAACUCUCAACUCUCAAAUUGAAUGUUAAAGACAUUUUAUGAUUGAAGUUAAAGGAAUAGUUUGACAUUUUGGGAAACAUUUUCUUGCUGAGAAUUAGAUGUUUUCUGUAUAACAUCAGCUGGUUAUCUUAUCUUAGCAAAAAGACUGGGAACAGCUAGCCUGGCUCUGUCUGGAGGUCACAAAAUCCACCAACCAACUC